UGAUGAAAGCUUUGAUUCUAUUUUUAUUUAACCAUUUGAAGCUUGGAACGUGAAUUGAAAGACAACUUCUGCUGGGUUAACAGAAAUAAUUCACCCUGGCUGAAAAAAAAUAAAGUACAGUGAUAUAUGUAUCUGUAGGAUAUUCCUGACAAUGCAGUGACGGUGACAUCAAGAUCGUCCAUUUUGUCUUUGAAAAAAAUUACAAGAAAGUCCAGUUAAAAUCCAGGCGUCAUUUCAGGUGCCGUUACUAAGCAACCAGACGCCUGGACAGCUGACAGUUCAGGACCAGAUGGACACCACUCACAUGUGCAAUAUUAAUGAUGGCACAGAAACAAAACCUGUCCAAGAAAGUAUAUGCCAAGACAGGAACUGGGAGACGCUUUGGACUUAUUUUCUUUCGGCAAUACACCAAGCGGUGACGUCUUGUUUCAGAGAAAGUCUGAUCGUUGGUCAUGGAGGGGGAACAAGAAGAUUCCGACGAGGACGUUCAGGAAGAACAUAAAACAACUUUAUUAUGGGAAAAGUGCAUCCGGCAGAGAAUCGUGGUGGAUCUCUGUGAGGAUGACAGUCUGCCCCUCAGUGAUCUACAGGCUUCUUUAGCUUUGCAUCCGUCACAUGCAGAGUCUGCCAUGUCUGAGGCCAGCAUUCAUUUCAGUGAUGACACUGCCUCAGACUCCAUUCUUGUCAGCGAGGGGGUGUUACCAACUAAGAGCCGCACAUUGCAGAAUGAAGAACUCCUAAACCGGCAUCAUGAGGACGCCGGUCAAAAUACGAGCGAUGAGGAUCAGGAGGAUCUCCCUUAUGACGGCGACCUUGGCGGUCCUUACUUCAACGGCAUGGAUGGCUGUCAGAGUAACGUGACCUCUGAUGGAAGACAAUCGGCGACAAAUGCCGGUUCUACACACAACGAUUUGGUUUCGGUUAUUCCUCAUGAGGAGAAAGAAGAAGAGGAUGUCAAUGACGAACAGGAUGAAGAGGUAGCCCCGCCGUGCACUCGACCUCUAGUUGACAUUAGCCAGGUGUUGCUGUGGCAUUUCUCUCAGGAGGAGUUGCUGCAGACUGGAAGGCUAAUUGAAGCCGAGACGCUUCCGGAGGUCUCCAUGCUGGAGAGUAUAGACGACCUUAUUUGUAGCGUGUCGACACUCAGCAACAGAAGUGUCAGAUAUUUGGACAGUGAUGGAAACAGUGGAUCAAAAGGUGAAUGUCUGGAGGGGAACAACACAGCGUCCAGUCGAGAUGAAAAUGUCACAACACCAGCAAAGGCCGAAGAUUGUGAAGUUCCGAUCAGGAAAGUGUCACAUUUGCGUAGCAGGUCCUACGGCGAGUUGAAGUACGGUCAGGGUCAAGUCCAUUUCCCUCUCCCUGACUUCUCUAAGGUUUCCCCGAAAGUCAAAAUUCCAAAAGGUCCCAGUGGUCUAGCUCGGCUUGUUCCUCAGGUCCCCAGUCCCAUAAUCCGAGUCCAGUCCUCCCCGGGAAUGUUAGAGGUUAUCAGCAGGGUGCUGGAGGAUUCAGGCCUUCAGUCUUCACAUAAGCCUCAAGUCCUCAAAGACAUGCAGGACCCGACUGGUCCUGUCCUGGUGCUUCCCUUACAGGUACCGUAAACCCCUUUAUCGUCUGUUUCAUUUAAUCGAAAUUGAAUUUGGGGGCCCUCUAUUUUUGCUAUUUUGAAAUUGAAUCUUUUUAAUAAUUAAGUCUUCAAACAAUGUAAUUUGGGGGAGGGAGGUUAAAUCUUGUGCCAUGAGCGGCUUCAUAGACCAAGGGUAGUCUUUUGGUACCCUCUUGUGGCAUCUGUAGGUAGUUACAAA